GCACCGAUGGGAUAUUCCCGUCCAGAGGGGUAAAGCUGUCUCAGUUCUCAACGUCUCGUCGGCGUCUAUUUCGUGGUCUAUUUCGUCUAUUUCGUUUGUCCCAGAAUGUCUCUCCGCUCGCAGGUGGAAGCAUUUUUUUUGUUGGUGUUUCGGCGUGCAUGCGUGCGCCGAUUAUCAUCGAGAGACCGAUUUCACGGUCGUUUUCGAUGUCCAUCAACCACUCAGUCGGAGCUGACGGACGGCUGAUUGCGUCGGUCAGUCUUCGUGAUGCGUUCAAGAUGAUGGCAUGACAUUGUGUCACCGGACAGUCAUACGCACACACCCACCCCACCCAGUGGCGGCGGUGAUCUCGGGAAAAUCAAACGGGCGCGCGUGUGCGUGUGUGUAAUUAACGUGUGCGCGUGCGUAUGUGACAAUUGAAAGUGAAAUCGAAGGGGAAAGAAGAAAAUUUGAAAAGUGAAAUCAAAAUCAACCCGGCAAACCUUUGGUAACGGGCAAACCGUUACCGGGUCUCUAGCAUUCUAGCAUGAUCAAGUUUUGGGAAAGAGUCAAGUUGGGAGAAAGAGGGAUGAGAUAACAACAAGAGAGAGAAAAAAAAACAAAGGUUCGUAAAAAUAGGAAACAACAAAACACAUAUUGUAGUGUUUCUGUGGGGAGAAAAAAAGAAGCAUCAAAGCCAGAACAGAACAGAACUAGAGGUCUUCAUCUGGCGAAGAUCCCCUGGAUGUGAAUAUUUGACAGAUGAAAAAACGUCGCUUGAGAAAAAAAACGAUCGUGAUCGUGAAAAAGGUGAUCUGGUGUUUAUCUGGAGCAAGUGAUAAAGGUGUGCCAGAAGCGAUCAUAAUACAGUGUGCGAAUAUUGAAAAGGAAAUGAAGCGCAAUAGCCACCAUCGAAAGUCACCGCCUCAGUACGGUAGAAUGUGUACCAAUGUAUAAAUUAAUGUCAAUUAUGGCAUGAAAAUUAGUGACCAGCGAGUAUUUGUUUUACAAAGCUGAACAGGGAAAAGUAGCUAAACCGAAAAGGAAAUAAUGCUGAUAACGGCCCGUGAGUGCAUUAGCGAUCGAACUCAAUGCGUGAGAGAUCAAUACGUGCUGUGAUAUAAAAUAUUGAAGAUCGAUAGUACCAGUGUACCAGUGUGUGUGUGUGUCUGUGUGUAUUGCUGCAAAGUUCCUUCCCCUUUACAUGUGGUACGAUGGAUUCGCAGGAGCAAAAUCAGGUGGAAAUACAAUCAGUGAACCCAAUACCCAAUCGACGUCCCAUCAAUGAUCUGCAUUACAGUGCCAUUAACAGCAAUUACCGGCAGCAGAACAAGUUAAACAGUAACAGUUCCAGCAGCCCAACGAAUGUGAAUUCAUCGAACACUGCCGGUGCUAGUGAGGAAACGAAGGCACUCCUGCCAACGAUUGGUCCAAGUGGACGAAAGUUUGUGAUCGUACCAUGUCAAACGGGUGGCGCAAUAGGAGAUCCCGGUGGAGCGGGACCGAGUACGAGCGGUGGAUCGGGUGGAGCGAAUCCGGGACCAAGUGGUGUAAAGGUUGAACUGGGCGAAGCUUCGAUGUCCAGCGGACCGAGCUCAAUAACAGUUCCAACGGCACCGGUAGGAUCAUAUCUGAAGCCGAAAUACUUCAACAGUCUACGAUCGGUACGAUCAGCGAAUGAUCCACAAGGCUUGGCGAAUGUGCAACAGAAUCAGGCCUCGAUCGUACGCAGCGGUUCGUACAUAUUCAGCGAUGUCGGCGGUACACCGCGGCUAUUUUCCGACGCCACCUCGAUCCGAUCGCUCGCCUCCAUCGGCAUGGGAUCCACCGAUGGGCGACGUAUGGUCAUCCGAAGGGUACCGAACUCCCCGAACGAGCUGCUCACCAUGAUCAACCCACCGACCCCACCAGAUGAAACGUACGAAAAUGAAAGCUAUGGGGGUUUGUCGGAUGAUUCCGAUCUUGAUAAUCUCAAACCGCGCAAGCAACACUGGGCAAACAAGAUGCAGUUCGUGCUUGCCUGCAUCGGAUACUCGGUGGGUCUGGGGAACGUGUGGCGAUUUCCGUAUCUGUGUUAUAAAAGUGGAGGAGGAGUAUUUCUGGUGCCCUAUUUCAUCAUUCUGCUCAUCUGUGGAAUUCCCAUGCUGUUCAUGGAGCUGGCGGUCGGGCAGUAUACGGGCCGCGGACCGAUCGGUGCGCUUGGACAGCUUUGUCCACUGUUUAAAGGUACCGGUCUGGCGAGUGUGGUCGUUUCAUUCCUAAUGUCCACAUACUACAGUGUGAUCAUAGCGUAUGCAAUCUACUACUUCUUCACUUCGUUCCGGCCGGAACUACCGUGGACGGACUGUUCGCACCGUUGGAACACACCCGACUGCUGGAUACCGGAGCGCAUGAAACACAAUCUAACGCGCCCGGAUAUGUCCCGCACACCGACGGAGGAAUUUUUCGAAAAUAAAGUUCUGCAAAUUAGCCACGGUAUUGAGUAUCCGGGUGCGAUGCGAUGGGAGCUGGUAGCGUGCCUAGUUUGUGCCUGGAUUCUGGUAUACUUUGCCAUCUGGAAGUCAAUCAAAUCGUCGGCAAAGGUGCGCUAUCUUACGGCCACAUUACCCUUUGUGCUGAUCGUGGUAUUUCUGGGACGCUCGUUAACUCUGGAAGGUGCAGACAAGGGACUCCACUAUUUCUUCCGUCCAAAUUGGGAAGAACUGGGAAGGGCUAAUGUUUGGAUCAAUGCAGCAGCACAGAAUUUUAACUCGAUCGGUAUUGCGUUCGGUUCGAUGAUUUCGUUCGCAAGCUACAACAAGUACAACAAUAAUAUCCUGCACGACACGCUGGCAGUGUCGUUCGUCAAUGCCAUCACGAGCUUGCUGGUUGGGAUCUUUGCAUUUGCCACGAUCGGUAACAUAGCGCUAGAGCAGAGCACUACCGUCGAGGACGUGAUCAGCGGUGGGCCGGGAUUGAUCUUCGUCGUGUAUCCACAGGCGUUAGCGAAAAUGCCUGCCGCUCAGCUGUGGGCCGUGCUGUUCUUCUUUAUGCUACUCUGUCUGGGAUUGAAUAGUCAGUUUGCCAUCGUGGAAGUUGUGGUUACCUCGAUUCAGGAUGGAUUUCCUCGAUGGAUCAAGCGAAAGCUCGUUUACCAUGAGCUGCUGGUGCUGAUCGUGUGCGUCGUAUCAUUCUUUGCCGGGUUGCCCAAUCUCAUACAGGGCGGAAUAUACUUCUUCCAGCUGAUUGACCACUAUGCGGCCUCGGUAUCGAUCAUGUUUCUUGCAUUCUUUGAGACGAUCGCGAUCGCGUGGUUCUACGGUAUUAAUCGACUGUCGAAAAACGUGAAGCAAAUGACCGGACGCUAUCCGUCGUUUUAUUUACGUUUCUGUUUGCUGAUCGCCGUUCCGUUGCUGUUGAUCUCCUUGUGGAUAUUCAGCUUGAUCAACUAUGAAGCCCCAACGUAUCAUAAUGGAAAAUAUCAUUAUCCAGGCUGGGCGCAUGGACUUGGAUGGACAAUAGCUUCCGCUUCUUUGGUUUGCAUUCCAUCGUAUGCCGUGUAUCAGAUUGUUCGUGCCGAGGGCAACACACUUGGCGAGAAACUGCUGAACACAUUGAAGCCGAACAUUUACGAGUGUAAGAUAUGUGGCGAACAUCAUUGCGAUCAUGACUUUCCCGAGGAAGAGCUGGGACCGGAAAUGGCCAUCGUUGAGUCAACAUCCGGCGCUCCUCUAAUACUGCAGCCACCUCCACCGGGACAUAUGCACUACACACAACAGCAGCAGCAGCAACAGCAGCAACAACAAAAUACACUAGAAGAACCGAUGCUGCGUAACACCACAACAGUUCCCACUAACAGUGGUCCACCGACAUCAAACUCAAACGGUGAUGAAACGCGAUGAUUCGGAACCGAUCGUACGUAAUGAUUGAUUUCGGUAGAGUGGAGCCAACCAUACACAGUAACAUUGAAGGUUGAAAACAAAAUUUAAGCUAACGUUUAAGCAUUACAAAAGCUACAAUUGCAAAACCAACCCCACGUGCGGAUAAAAGACAACUCAAUAAUAUUAGUGCAAUGUCACCAACUUAGUUACCAUACCGAGCGUGAUAGGAAGGAAGGCACCUAACCAAUUUAGUGUAGUCGAUACCGUUUACUAAUACGAAAGAAAAGCAAAAGGCAGAGCGCUACAUUGCCGCUGUUUACGUGUUCUUGGGAGCGAACGUUUAAAUUCGUGUAGAGUGCCUGUGGCGUUAGUUUCAUUACUAGUUUCUUUCCUAGCUGUUAAUGCAUCGUAGGCUCCAAGAGCUUGCUUUUCCGUCAACGGUUGCGUAGUGUUCGAAAUCGUUCGUUUUGUGACAAACCGAGUUAGUCGAGGAUCCGAAAUUGGAUGAAUAAAAGCAGAAAGAUGUACGAUAUUUGUAAAGCCUUGCUAGGUUCGUUUCUAAACUAAAUAAAACUCGUGUACUAAAACA